AUGGGAAAGACUGUGCUGACCUGCCGUAAGGGCAACGGGUCCGUCUACCAGGUGCACGGCCACAAGCGCCUGGGCCCCGCCAAGCUCCGCAUUCUCGACUACGCCGAGCGCCACGGCUUCAUGCGUGGCGUGGUCAAGACGAUUGAGCACGAGCCGGGCCGUGGCGCCCCGCUCGCCCGCGUGGAGUUCCGCCACCCGUACAAGUACCGCCGCGCGAAGGAGCUGAUGGUGGCGCCGGAGGGCAUGUUCACCGGCCAGUCCGUCCUCUGCGGCGUGAAGGCGCCGCUUGCCAUCGGCAACGUGCUGCCCCUCGGCCAGAUCACGGAGGGGUGCAUCGUCUGCAACGUGGAGGCGAAGGUCGGCGACCGCGGCACCAUCGCACGCGCCUCGGGCGACUACUGCAUCAUCAUCUCGCACAACCACGAGACGGGCCGCACGCGCCUGAAGCUGCCGA